GCGCUGCCAUCGCUUAAGGCUGUAUCUCGCCCUGUGUCUAAUCUAACGCAGAAUGGGAUUUGGGAUAAACCACAUUAACAUUUAAUACAAAAAUCUUCACACAAUAUAAAGAGAUGUCGCCAUUACGGGGAGCGGUGCUGCGGUGGCGCCGCCAAGCGGACAACUUGACUUCAACGGUGAAACCUAGCGCGAUGUCGCCAUCCAACGCCUCCUCAACAUUCGCGCCGCCUGUAACCGGCACUGGGGCAGACACUAUUGCCGCGGUAUCCUCCACGACAGUCCCCCAGGAGUCAACAGCUGAGAAGGUCGCCGCGGAGGUAGCGCACAGACUGAACAUGGAGACAUGGCAGCUGGUUGCUAUCCUUGUUGGCAUUGGCGUGGUGAUCCUGAGCAUAUGCUUCUGCUGCAUCCGGCGAUGUUUCCGCAAGCGACGCUCGAAGGACGGCAAGAAGGGGAUGAAGGGUGUUGACUUUAAGUCCGUCCAGCUUCUCGGCUCCGCGUACAAGGAGAAGGUUCAGCCGGACAUGGAGGAGCUCACGGAGAACGCUGAGGAGCCUGAUGAUGGAGACUCCAAGAAGGAGGAACAGAAGUUAGGCAAGCUCCAGUACAAGCUGGAGUACGACUUUAAUAGUAACAGUCUAUCGGUGACCGUGAUACAAGCUGAGGAACUUCCUGCUUUGGACAUGGGCGGCACUUCGGAUCCUUACGUCAAGGUGUACCUGCUGCCUGACAAGAAGAAGAAGUUCGAAACAAAAGUGCAUCGGAAAACUUUGAGUCCCGUAUUCAAUGAGACUUUCGUCUUCAAGAACGUACCAUACGCGGACGCGAUGAAUAAAACUCUGGUGUUCGCCAUUUUCGACUUCGAUCGUUUCUCGAAGCACGACCAGAUCGGUGAGGUAAAGGUGCCGCUGUGCCAGGUGGACUUGGCACAGACUAUUGAAGAGUGGCGCGAGCUGCAGAGCGUCGAAGGCGAAGGUGGACAGGACAACAAGUUGGGAGACAUAUGUUUCUCGUUGCGGUAUGUACCGACCGCUGGAAAACUGACUGUUGUCAUUUUGGAAGCCAAGAACUUGAAGAAGAUGGACGUUGGUGGUCUAUCAGAUCCGUACGUAAAGAUAGCACUAAUGCAAAACGGCAAACGUCUCAAGAAGAAGAAAACAAGUAUCAAGAAAUGCACACUGAAUCCCUAUUACAACGAGUCAUUUACUUUUGAAGUACCAUUCGAACAAAUACAGAAAGUGAAUCUAGUGGUAACGGUGGUCGACUACGAUCGCAUCGGUACUUCGGAGCCCAUCGGCAAGGUGGUGCUGGGCUACAACGCGUCAGGCACGGAGCUACGUCACUGGUCAGACAUGCUGGCUAGCCCGCGGCGACCUAUCGCCCAGUGGCACACCCUCAAGGACCCUGAUGAUGGCGAGAAGAAGGAUUAAGAGCAUCAAGACCCACGGAGCAGUAUCACUUCACGGAUGGACGAGUUCGGAGAUCGGAGUAUAAAGCCUUAUCAUUUAUCAACCCAUUGAUUGUACCAAUUUUGUUAACUCUUUUAAAGUAUUUUCAAAGGUUUGACGUAGAUAGUAGGCUUCGAAUAUAUAACAAAGCGAGUUAUUUGUUACCGCUUAAUCUGACAGAUAAAUAUAACCUAUAUCUAACAUCUUGUAUCUAAAUAAAAAAAUAUCUAUUUUCCUGAUAUCUUGUUGAAAAUGAUUGCGCAACAAUGAAUGAUUUCAAAUAACGUACCAUUAAACUCCUUAAGAGAUUUCCUGUUGUUAUUUUUUUUUUUUACUUAUUAUUGCCAUUUAUUAACCAGAAUAAUAUAUCGUUCAAAUUAUAAAGAUCAGUAUUGUUUCUUAAACUAUAAAUAUAAAACUUCUUACCAGUUAAUGUAUAAAUUGUUUAAAUAAAACAUUGCUUUAAUUUGUAAUAUCUAGAUGUGGCAAUAUUGUAAUUAACUCAAUUUGGAACUUGUUCCUUGCUAAAUGUUUAAAAAAGUAUAUAUCUGGUUUAACCUACAUAACGUGAGUUUACAUAAUCCUCACGAAAAGCGUUUAAAUCAUAAAAAAAACAACAAAUCGCUAUGUAAAUAAGUUGAAUCCUGUUAAAUUUAUUACAUUCUAUUUUACUAUAAGUGUUAUAGUAUUGAUACCUUUUAGUAUAAAUGCAUCGUUCCUCCAAAGAAGAGAAGGUUUGUGUAGUCAGCAUUUAUAACGUAGAUUGGUGUUAGCACUUGUUCAAUUUGAGUCCUAUGUGGUUUGCUCUAAUGUUUUCUUUGGAGGAACUGUAGGCCUACUGUGUACCUAGUUCCCCUUUCUGAACAUGACAUUAUUAAAGAUUCUCAAUAAAUAUUUAUUCGCCAGUAAUUUAAAUAGCAAAUUAAUUAUUGAUUCAGGGAAUCAUUUAUUUGGCAGAAUAUUAAUGUACUCUCAUAUAAGAAUAACAUCGAAGCUAGUCCAAUUUAUAUGACUAGAUAUCGUGUUAUUUAAAUAAAUUGUAUAAUACACUAAUUUGUUGUUUUAAUAGCCAGUAAUAGUUCU